AAAUCCUUCAUCUUCUAUUUCCUAUACUCUCAACUAUCGAAAUACCCUUCAGUCCCAACCAGACUCAACCACCAAACCCACGAGCACAAUCAAAAUGCCAUCCCUCCGCAUCGGCGUCAUCUACGAAGAAGUGCAACUAUGUGACAUCAUGGGAAUCGACAUCAUCGGCAGCAUGGGCAAGGACAUAAUCUCCUCCAUGAGUUCAUACGGGUUCUCCCACCUCAUCGAUCGAGCCUACGAUCUCGAAUGGCUGUACAUAUCAUCCACCAUGGCACCCGCAAAAACCACACCCAGCAUCAAAAUCGUCCCGACUCAUACAUACGACACUGCGCCACGCGAUCUCGACAUGAUAGUCGUGGGAGGUCCUCUUCCGUCGCAUAGGCCAGAAGCAUCGCUCAAGUUCUUCCGUGAAGCGGUAGAGAAGACCAAGAUUAUUUUCUCGGUUUGUACGGGGUCGAUGUGGCUGGCCUCGUCGGGGAUACUCGAUGGGAAUAAAGCGACGACGAAUCGAUCCUUUCUGCCGUUGGCGAAACAAAUGCAUCCGGAGGUUGAGUGGUUGGAUCAGCGAUGGGUGGUGGUGGAUCAGGCUGACAAGGGAAAGGCGCAGCUUUGGAUUGCUGGCGCGGCGGAUUGUGGAGUCGAAAUGAUUGCCACCUAUGCCCUGGAGAAUCUGGACCCAGUACUCGCCAAACUCGCCUGUUCGGGUAUAGGUUUCAAUCCCCAGAACCCUCAACACGGACAAUUCUAUUCUGACGCCCCUGCUGUAAAGAUGUGAUGAAUCGAAUCAUCCUCUUUCCAUCCCACACCAGAGUACAGUCGAGCCAGAGCGGUCGCUGGUGUUGGCAGAACUUAUAUUUCAACUCCAUAGUUUGACCCACGCGCAAGUAGUUAGAAAACAAUCCAUAGGUCAAAGUCUUGUAGUCAGUGGUUUUGAAAUCUUGUCCAUUUGCCAAUUCUCAUACGAACUGGCUGAUAACUCAAAUCUAGACGCCAACGCUAAUGCUGUUCAGAAUAGACGUGAUGGGGAUGCCAUAAUGAUCA